AUGGAACCUGCUGCGCUGGAUAGGAUUAUUGAGAGACUGGUUGAAGUUCGAUCCUCCAAGCCUGGGAAGUUGGUGCAGCUUUCGGAGGCGGAAAUCAAGCAGCUUUGUGUUGUUUCCCGUGAUAUUUUCAUGAAACAACCUAAUCUUCUCGAAUUGGAAGCCCCUAUCAAGAUUUGCGGUGACAUUCAUGGACAAUAUAGUGAUCUGUUACGUCUUUUUGAGUAUGGUGGUUUUCCUCCUAAAUCCAAUUAUCUGUUUCUGGGUGACUAUGUGGAUCGUGGCAAGCAGAGUCUUGAAACAAUAUGCCUUUUGCUUGCCUAUAAGAUCAAAUUUCCUGAAAAUUUUUUCCUUCUGAGAGGAAACCAUGAAUGUGCCUCUAUCAACAGAAUAUAUGGAUUUUAUGAUGAAUGUAAACGCCGUUUCAAUGUUAGGCUGUGGAAAGCCUUUACAGAGUGUUUCAAUUGUCUUCCUGUUGCUGCACUGAUUGAUGACAAGAUAUUGUGCAUGCACGGCGGCCUCUCUCCUGAUCUUUCACAUUUGGAUCAGAUUAGGAAUUUACCCCGACCAACAGCUAUCCCGGAUACUGGCUUGCUUUGUGAUUUACUUUGGUCAGAUCCCGGUAAAGAUGUGAAGGGGUGGGGGAUGAAUGACAGGGGAGUUUCAUAUACAUUUGGGCCGGAUAAGGUGUCUGAGAUUUUGACAAAGCAUGAUUUAGAUCUUGUCUGCCGUGCCCAUCAGGUUGUGGAAGAUGGGUAUGAAUUUUUUGCUGAUAGAAAACUGGUCACCAUUUUUUCGGCCCCUAAUUAUUGUGGAGAAUUUGACAAUGCUGGGGCAAUGAUGAGUGUUGAUGAAAACUUGAUGUGUUCUUUCCAAAUUCUGAAACCAGCAGAGAAAAAGAAUAAAUUAUUUUAUUUAGUUGCUAGAUGUAGCCGACAUGGGGAAGAUACACUGGGAGGAAAACUUGGGAGUUUGUCAUUAUUGUUCUUCUUCAUUCCUAGUCGAAGGUGUUUCCCUUUCAAGUACAAGAGCUGUACGGCUUUGCUGAAUCUAUCAAACCGAGGCACAAAGGUUACAUUGGGCUGGUGUGGACAUAAGCGGUUAACUUUUAUGUCGGGUUACCAGAACGGAGGGAGGGAUUUUGGGGGGAUGCUGCUUAUAGUGGCAUAG